AAAAGAAAAACUACAAUGGUUUUUUCCAGCCAUCAACACACCAACAAAUCUCUACUGUCACAUGUCGCUGAGUUUCACUUCUCGGUGAAACAGGAAGCACCAGCAGCACAUAAAGCAGCUGCACAGAAGCGGAGACGUCGUUCCUCACAUGAAGAAGAAACAUCAGGAGCCACCUUCAGCAAAUUCAUCCUGCAGCGAUUCAGCAGCAACAUGCUUCUGUCAGUGGCAGCAGUGCUCUUGCUCUUCUCCUGCACCAGUGGAGAAAACCCUGCAAUACAAGUCCUCCUGACCAACAAAGGGCUUCAGUAUGGGAAACACGCAGGGACAGACUGGAUUCAGAGGAUUUUGGAGUUUGUCACCCUCCCUGACUUCAGUGGUCAAGUUACUCUCAUUCACCUGUUUAACAUCGACUUCACACUGACAGGCACCAAGAUAAAGAAGUGUGACCUUCCAGAGCCAUCUACUGAGUUCUAUCCAGAUUCCACAGGAUUCAAGACAUCACUGUUAGGCCUCAGUGUUGCACUGUCCGGACAGUGGAGCACCGACUUUAGAGCAUGGCAUGACAGUGGAACUUUCGACAUGGCUGUGUUUGGUGUGAAUGUGACCUCUGUGGUGAAGCUGGGAAAGAUGCAUAUUUCAAGACUCAAGUUGGACAUGUUACGCUUAAGCUUCCGUGGUGGAACCAGAUGGACAUUCUCGCCUUUUGUGAAGAAAUUCAGGAGAAUGAUCAGGAGUCAAAUAGAGAUCGGAAUUUGCCCCUAUGUGAAGCAAUUGAUUGGAAACUUGGAGCAACACCUACAGGCCAUGAACGUUUCCUUCGAUGUGGAUCAGGCUCUCACCUUGGACCUCGCUCUCACCAGUUUACCUGUUGUCAAUGUUUCAAGUCUGAAUCUGGGUCUCAAGGGUGAGUUCUACAGCAUCAAAACUCAUGCAGAGCCUCCGUUUGAAGCUCAGUCUUUCACCGUGCCUGAGCAGCAGGGCUACAUGUUCUCCUUGGGCCUGUCGGACUUCACUGUGAACUCUGCCUUGUAUGGAUACUACUCAGACGGAGUGUUUCAGACCUGCAUCACUGACAGCAUGAUCCCCCCAGGCUUUCCCCUGCACCUAAAUACCAGCUUAAUGGGACCCUACAUCCCUCAGCUUCCCAAGAUGUUUCCCGGUCUGCUGAUGAAUCUGCAUGUUUAUGCCACAGAGUUUCCGGUGUUUUCAUUCCACCCUGACGCUGUUAACCUGGGCUUCCAGGGCGCCGUCGAGGCCUUCGCCAUCCAGCCAAACGCUACCAGGACUCCACUGUUUAAACUCAGUGUUGUGUCAAACUUCAGCAGCAAAGUGUGGAUCGCUGGUGAAACAGUGAAAGGCUCUGUUUCAAUGGACAAACUCACACUGACGCUGGUGGGAAGUGACGUGGGAACCUUCAAGACUGAUGCUUUGGAAGAAGUUGCAAGGAUAGGAGUAGAGAUGGUCCUAGCAAAAGUGAAUGAGACACUGGGCGAAGGAAUCCCUUUACCCAGAAUGAUAUACGCACAGCUGGUCAACUCAGUUCUGAAAGUGCAGGAGGGGUUCGUCGUCCUCUUCUCUGAUGUUGAGGUGUUAACAGACAGAGGCUUCAGCUUACACACUAACAGAGCUGUGUAACUCUGGCACAUCGAGCAGCUAAUAGACAAGUUUCUGUCUCUGAUACCACACGACAGAAGCUAAAGCUAAAUGACUAAGUGGUCUCAACAACAAUCAAUUCAAAUCAACUCUGACUGCAAUAAAAACGUUUUAAAAAAUA